AUGGCGAUGGGUGUUAUUGUGAAAGAACUAUUAGCUCGAAAUAGGACUACUGGUGCAGAUGUCAGAUCAGUCCUCCCAAAUAUUCUGGCACUUGACUAUCUUGUUGGACUUACAGAUAUACUUGUUGUCAAACAUACCGAUUGUGGCGGUCUUCAGAUUCGAGAUGCCAAUGUGAGAGAGCAACUAAUUGAUCUUGCACCUGGGUCGAAGGCAGAGAUAGAGGCCAUGAAAUUUGCAGAGAUCACGGGGUUAGAGACAUCUGAAUCCCUGUUUACCUUCGGAAUGUCGCUGAUACGCCUUACCAGGACUCUCGAAGACAGUGCUGAAGAUGAAGUGGCCUUUCUUCGGGCUUCGGAGCUUUUGCGACCCGAGCUAAAGGAGAGGACGUAUGGUUAG